AAUCGUUCAGAAUGUUUCCCAGGAGUUUGCUUUUCAUGAUCGUACUCAUUUCUCAGAUUAAAGAAAAGGUAAUCCUUGGAGUAGAAGGUCAAGAAGUGGUUUAUCCUAAAAGGCUUCCUCUGAUGCAGAAGCGAAAUGUUUGGCACAUCCAUGAUUAUGACAUACAGGAAACAUAUGAAGAAGAAUUGCUGUAUGAACUAAAGCUAACUAGAAAAACCUUAAUACUUCACCUUUUAAGAUCAAGGGAGUUCUUAGCCUCAAAUUACAGUGAAACCUACUACUCCACAAGAGGAGAGGCCAUCACCAGCUAUCCUUCCACCAUGGAUCACUGUUUUUACCAAGGAUCCAUCAUACAUGAAUUCGAUUCUGCUGCCAGUAUUAGCACAUGUAAUGGUCUGAGGGGAUUCUUCAGGGUAUAUGACCAAAGGUACCUCAUUGAACCAGUGAAAUAUUCAGAUGAGGGACAACAUUUGGUGUUCAGAUAUAAUCCAAGGAUACAGUAUGCUGCCAAUUAUUCUUGUACAGAACUCAAUUUUACCAGGACAAAUGAUUCAAAGGAUGAUAUUAAAAUCAUGGAAGACCUCAAAAUCGAAAACGUCCAUGAAGAAAAGUAUGUUGAACUGUUCAUUGUUGCUGAUGAUAAUGUGUAUCAAAGGAAUAAUCAUCCUCACACUAAACUGAGGAACAGAAUUUGGGGAAUGGUCAAUUUUGUCAACAUGGAGACAUUGAAUGCUCUGGCCUUAGGACAGCUUCCCGCCUCUCCUCCAGGGGCAGAAGAUUAUAAAACCUUGGACAUUCAUGUGACAUUGGUUGGCCUUGAAAUGUGGACAAAUGGAGAUAAAAUAGACAUAGAUUCAAAUAUAGAAAAUACCUUAUUGCAUUUUUCAACUUGGCAAGAAAUAAUCCUGAAAAAAAGGAAUAAUUUUGAUCAUGUCCUAUUACUCAGUGGGAAGUGGCUCUACACACAUGCACAAGGAACUUCUUAUUCAGAGGGUAUAUGCCGGCCUUAUUAUUCCUCCAGUGUUGUUAAGGACCUUUUGCCUGACCUAAAUGUAGUUGCAAGCAGAAUUGCACAUCAGCUGGGGCAUAACCUUGGAAUGAAGCAUGAUGAUUACCCGUGUAGCUGUAAUUUUGAGAAAUGUGUGAUGGAUUGUGGUGGAAGCAUUCCUGCACUAAAAUUCAGUAAAUGCAACAGAAUUCAGUAUCUGCAACACCUGAAGGAUUAUAAUCCAACAUGCAUGUUCAAUAUUCCAUUUUCUGAUAAAUUAAGUAAUUACCCAUAUUGUGGAAACAAGAAGUUGGAUGAAGGAGAAGAGUGUGAUUGUGGCCCCAUUCAGGAGUGCACUAAUCCUUGCUGUGAUGCAAACAAAUGUGUCUUGAGGCCAGGAUUUACUUGUGCAGAAGGAGAAUGCUGUGAAUCUUGUCAGAUGAAAAAAUCAGGGUCCAUAUGCAGACCAGCAAAAGAUGAAUGUGAUUUUCCUGAGGUUUGUACUGGCUACUCUUCUGCAUGUCCUAAGGACAAAUUCCAAGUAAAUGGAUUUCCUUGCAAGAAUGCAAAAGGCUACUGCUUCAUGGGGAAAUGUCCCACCCGGGAUGAUCAGUGCUCUCAAUUCUUUGAUAAUGAGGUGAAAGACAGUUCUGAUCUCUGCUAUGAAAUGAAUAAAAAAGGAAAUAGAUUUGGAUACUGCAAAAACAAGGAAAACAGAGUAAUUCCUUGUGAAGAGAAAGAUGUCAAAUGCGGAAAGAUACACUGCAGCAGAGGGCAGCAUUCAUCUCUUCCUGGAAAAGAAAAGAUUAAUCACCUUAAGAAGAUUUCAAAGCAGAAUAUCACCAAUGAGUGCAAAACUUUUAUUUUAUACCACAAGUCUAAAGAUUUGGGCCUGGUUGCUCCUGGAACAAAAUGUGGAGAUGGAAUGGUGUGCAGCAAUGGUGAAUGUGUGAAACUUGAAAAGUUCUACAAUUCAACCAAUUGCUCUUCUCAAUGCAAUGAAAAUGCUGUGGAUGGCCAUGAACUUGAGUGCCAGUGUGAGGAAGAACAGGAACAUGUGGACUGGGGAGAAAACUUCAAUGUUACCAAUAUAUCCAUCCUGGUUGUUGUGCUUGUCCUGGUUAUUAUUGGUGUUGGGGUAGUCGUAUUAUUAAUUCAUUACCAGAAAUGUAUUAAGUUGAAGCAAAUUCAGAGCCCACCUAGAGAUACGCUGGGAGUGGAGAAUAAAGGAUACUUUGGUGAUGAGCGGCAGGCAAGAACUGAGCCAAUUUUACCUGAUAUUCAUCCCCUCCAUAAACCUGCAAAUAAAGAUCCAAGAGGAAUCGCUGAUCCAGAUCCAAGUGCCAAAAUGAGCUUGAAAUUGGAUAUCCAAAAUGGCUGUGCAAGCCUAGGUUGAGAAUUCUGGAAGAAAGAUCUUCACAACCUUCCCUAGACAUUUGCUACACAAACCUCUGGCAGUUUUUCAAAAGUUCUUUAUCAAGACAGAAAAUGUUAACAAGAAACAACUUCUUUCUAUAAUAUUUACCUAUAGAAUUUACAACCUCUAGUGUAGACAGAUGCUACAAAAAAAAUCUUAAAGUUUUUCCAAUGUUUUUUAACCUAAUACAAAAAUAGUCUCCUUGCUCUAGUGUUUUCCUAAAAAAAUGUCAAUCUAGUUACUUUAAAAAGACUCAAAACCUUGAGGAUAUUAAAUUAUACCUCCAAGUCUAAGAAGCAAAACAUUGCUUAUAAAAGGUUAUUUCUUUGGGAGCAUAAAACUACUUACCUUAAUUGGAAUCUGACAUGAUUACCACUAAUUCUGGUUUAAAAGAAAUUCUCUCCUGCAGAAAUAUCAAGAAAGUCAGUGCAGGAAGUCAUCUGAUUCCACUAAAUAAUUAAAAGGUAGAUGGCUGUCUGGCUUAUGUCCUGUCAGUGAAGGAGGCAGAAUAGUCAUCUUAACUUCAGAGUCGUUCUUAAAAUUGUCAUGGCAGCAAAGGAAGACAUGAAGUGCUCCUGGUUAAAUUCCUGGACUCUAAUUAUAAACUCGGAAAUUUCUAAACUCUUAAAUUUCUAGAAUUCCUUAUGAACCUGACAGAAGUCAGGGAGUUAUAAGAAUUUCAGAAAAUUAACUCCAUCAGAGAAGAAAUACUCACAAUUCCUGUGAAGUGCUUGUGAGAUCUUUAUAAUACACAGAUUUGAGCACUUACUGUGUAAUUUCUGUGCCAUCUCUACCCCUCCCUGAUGAUGGUGUAUGGGGCUUGCCCAGGAAUGAUUUCAGCUGUUUCUUAUAAAAAUGUUUCCCAACAUGUUCUCUUGUGUUCUUUAUUUUCUUUUUGUUACCUGUUAAAGCUAUAUGCAAUUGUUUUUUUCAUUUACUGAAAUGAAGGUUUCAAGUGUGAAAUGAGAAUUUUCUGAUUCAAUAAAUAAAG